AUGGCCGAAUGCAAAAGAAACGGCAGGGAGAAGGAGCUUCUUCCAUUCCAAUCAGCUGUACUCGUAAAAACUCCAUCACUGACAGCGACUCCUUCUAAUGGCAACAUUGCACAACAUCCCUGCGCGGUGGAAUGGAAGGCACUUUCCUCGAACACACCUUCUGUUCGCUGGGUGAAAGAGUAA